AGAAAUUAGAGUUCUUUUAGCCCAGUUGCAGCCAUGAAUUUCUUGAAAAUCUUUUUUCUUUUUUGUAUGGUUAGCUGUUUUCCAUGGCCAACUAUUCAGAGCCCUUUUGAGACUUAUAUAGUUCAAGUUGAAUCCCCAGAAAGCCAAAUUUCCACUCAAUCUUUAUCAGAUCAGGAUCUUGAGAGCUGGUACCGAUCUUUUUUGCCAAAUACGAUAGCAAGCACACGCUCAGAUGACGAAGAAGGGCCACGUUUAGUGUAUUCAUAUCGCAACGUAAUGAAAGGCUUUGCAGCAAGAUUAACAGCAGAGCAAGUGAAGGAAAUGGAGAAGAAACCAGGUUUUAUGUCUGCAUGGCCAGAGAAGAUAUUGUCGUUACACACUACCCAUACUCCAAGUUUUCUUGGAUUGCAGCAGAAUAUGGGAUUGUGGAAAGAUUCCAACUAUGGUAAAGGUGUGAUCAUUGGAGUCUUGGACACUGGCAUUUCGCCUGACCAUCCUUCAUUUAGCGACGAAGGGAUGCCUCCUCCGCCUGCUAAGUGGAAGGGCAAGUGUGAAUCCAAUUUCACUACAAAGUGUAACAACAAGCUCAUAGGUGCGAGGUCCUACAUACAAGAAGAUCGCUCGCCAAUAGAUGAUGAUGGACAUGGCACCCACACAGCCAGCACUGCUGCUGGAGGUUUUGUGCAAGGUGCCAAUGUAUAUGGGAAUGCUAAAGGUACUGCAGUUGGGGUUGCCCCUCUUGCUCAUUUGGCAAUUUAUAAGGUUUGUGACUCUUCUGGUUGCGCUGACGGUGAAAUUUUGGCUGCCAUGGAUGCUGCUAUUGAUGAUGGUGUCGAUAUCCUGUCCCUUUCCCUUGGUGGAAGUGGUAGUCCCUUGCAUAGUGAUCCCAUUGCACUCGGUGCAUAUAGUGCGACAGAAAGAGGCAUUCUUGUAAGUUGCUCAGCCGGCAAUGAAGGUCCAUACAAUAGCUCUACUUCAAAUGAAGCCCCAUGGAUUCUGACAGUAGGUGCAAGCACUCUCGACAGGAAAAUUAAGGCUACUGUUAAGCUUGGAAACAAAAAGGAAUUCGAGGGCGAAUCAACUUUUCAUCCAAAGUCUUCCAACGUAACAUUUUUCCCUCUAUUUGAUCCUGCAAAGAAUGCAAGUGAUUUUGACAGCCCUUAUUGCGGAACAGGUACACUGACUGACCCUGCUAUUAGAGGCAAAAUAGUUUUGUGUAUGGCAGGUGGUGGUUAUACAAGGAUUGGAAAAGGACAAGCAGUAAAGGAUGCUGGAGGUGUUGGCAUGAUCAUCUACAAUGGGCCAGAAUAUGGUUUUACUACGUUAGCCGAUGCUCAUGUCCUUCCUGCCCUGGAUGUUACUGAUGCUGAUGGAAUGAAAAUUCUUGACUAUAUGAAUUCAACUGAGAAACCAGUAGCUAGAAUUACGUUUCAAGGAACGAUAAUCGGAGAUAGAAAUGCACCAAUGGUUGCUUCAUUUUCUUCUCGAGGACCAAGCAUGGCUAGUCCUGGAAUCUUGAAGCCUGACAUUAUUGGUCCUGGUGUUAACAUUCUUGCUGCAUGGCCUGCUUCUGUAGAGAACAACACAAACUUAAAAUCUACCUUCAAUAUUAUUUCAGGCACUUCCAUGUCUUGUCCUCACCUCAGUGGAGUUGCAGCAUUGCUAAAAAGCGCACACCCUACUUGGUCUCCUGCAGCUAUUAAAUCAGCAAUCAUGACAACUGCUGAUACAUUAAACCUCGCUAACAAUCCCAUCUUAGAUGAAAGGCUUCUUACGGCUAAUAUCUUUGCCGUUGGUUCAGGACAUGUCAAUCCAUCAAGAGCAAAUGAUCCGGGACUAAUUUAUGACACCCCAUUUGACGACUACUUACCUUACUUGUGUGGUUUGAAUUACACAAAUCGACAGGUGGGAAACCUUCUACAACGCAAGGUCAAUUGCUCGGAAGUGAAAAGUAUUCUUGAAGCACAACUAAAUUAUCCGUCAUUUUCCAUCACACUGGGAACAAAUACUCAGACAUAUACUAGAACAGUAACCAAUGUUGGCGAUGCUAAAUCAUCUUACAGUGUAGAGAUAAUUUCACCACGAGGAGUUUCCGUGAUGGUUAAGCCCUCUACUCUAAAAUUCUCCAAGUUGAACCAGAAGUUGACAUAUCAAGUGAUCUUUUCCAAAAUAACCAACAACUCAAACAGUGAUGUAGUUGAAGGAUUCUUGAAAUGGACUAGUAAUAGGCACUCUGUACGAAGUCCAAUCGCAGUUGUGCUAGUCUAGUAAAACUGCAGGUGUGGAUGUCUAUUUGCUUUCUCUUUCUAAUAAUUUGAUCCAUUUACAAUAAGCAUGUGAUUAUAUGUUAUUAGAUUCCAUGAUUAGUCUAA